AUGACCAACAUCUUCUGUCUACUUUUUGCUGCAGGCAAAGUGACCAUUUUCCCUGAAGUGGAUGAGGAGAUAGACUUCCUGUCCACCAUCAUCAGCCAACAGAAGACUGAAUCAGGGGUCAAACAUCCAGGUGAGAGGACAAACCUCCCAUCCUCUCCUUUGGCCUGUCCCAGAGGGUGCCACUUCAGAAGCUUUGAUUGAUUGACAAAGCUUUUACUAAUUGCAUAUAGUAUUAGCAUAAUGUGACCAGUAAUAUAAUACGAUUUGCUAAGUUAGUAGUAGAAGUAGUUUUGCCUUGCUAUCAAUUACCAUUUAAUUAUAUUUUCUUUUUGUGUCUCCUCCUAGCUCCUCCCUUUCAGGAUGUUACUAAAGUCAAGGAGGAGAAGGAUGACAGAUCAAUGGUCCUCACCCAACGGCCUACCACAGAGCAGCCUAUGACACACGGCAGCACUACAGUCCCUCCACCCAACUCUAUCACUACAGCCAACACCACCACUACCAGCCACACCCCAGCAGUACGCAGCGGUCCCCUGAUCAUCCCUUACCCCUCCAACAAUCGUGUGUUUAUCAGUAUGUAACCUUAAUCCUUGUUAAUCAUUUUCAGUGCCAGUUGACACAUAUUUCUAAUAAGGGAACCAUUAUUCCCCGAUCUGUGUUGAGAAUUUAUUUCUCCACACCCUGCUGCUCUUGUGAAUGCUGCACUGACUGUCACUGCUCUUGUGAAUGCUGCACUGACUGUCACUGCUCUUGUGAAUGCUGCACUGACUGUCACUGCUCUUGUGAAUGCUGCACUGACUGUCACUGCUCUUGUGAAUGCUGCAUUGACUGUCACUGUUCUUGUGAAUGCUGCAUUGACUGUCACUGUUCUUGUGAAUGCUGCACUGACUGUCACUGCUCUUGUGAAUGCUGCACUGACUGUCACUGCUCUUGUGAAUGCUGCACUGACUGUCACUGCUCUUGUGAAUGCUGCAUUGACUGUCACUGCUCUUGUGAAUGCUGCAUUGACUGUCACUGCUCUUGUGAAUACUGCACUGACUGUCACUGCUCUUGUGAAUGCUGCAUUGACUGUCACUGUUCUUGUGAAUGCUGCACUGACUGUCACUGCUCUUGUGAAUGCUGCACUGACUGUCACUGCUCUUGUGAAUGCUGCACUGACUGUCACUGCUCUUGUGAAUGCUGCACUGACUGUCACUGCUCUUGUGAAUGCUGCACUGACUGUCACUGCUCUUGUGAAUGCUGCACUGACUGUCACUGCUCUUGCCUGUUAAUAUUGAAGUUUUGCGAAUGGACUCUUUCCUGUCCUCCCUUCUCGUACAUGGGUGAUUCUAAAUUGUAUUUCCUUGAUUCAUCACGUCCUCCCUCCUCGUCUCCCUCUCAAAGUACAUUGAAGUAGAAGGUCGGAGGUUCCAAGGAGAAAGGAUGUGAGGAAUCGAGGAAAUGCAAUUGAGAUGCAUCCCACAAACAAACCCAGUACCUUACUCCGUAUUCUGGAUAAUAUCUCUUCCUCUGCCAGAUGUUUCUAUUCUCUUUUCCUGACACUCUUUCUCUAUCUCUUCACAGUCAUGACCAGUGUGUUUGUGGUCGUGGGAUCUGUUGCCUUGCUCUUGGCUGGUGUCUGUUGGAUUAGGUAAAACUACAUCUGUUUUGCACUGAUUUAGCUGAUACCGGCUAUGUGGAAGAAUGGUCUGCGAUAACUGUGAUAUGUGGUUGUUGUUCCCUACUAAACUUAGUUAAAUGCACUGACUCAUUUUCAUAAUUGUCAUGUAGUUUCAUAAUGUGGUUAUGGGAAACUAAUCAUGAUGUCCGCCAUCUUAUCCCAGGUUGCAGAGAGGUGUGCGACUGUCUCAGAAGGUAGACUACCCAGUUUAUGGGGGGAUGGGGCCCCGUUCCUAUGACAACGAUGUGGUAAGUACAGUACAGCACACAAUCAAACAGUCAUGGUUACAACAGAUCAUAUUCAUGUCAGUUAAGACCGUUUAUGUUUGAUGUUAUUUUAUACAUUUAAUUAAUUGCCAUCUGUUUAUUUUAUCUCCUUCAUUUUAUUGUUUUACUGUAAAGUGUUUUUUUAUUUUAAAUAAAUCAAAAGUUUGAUUUGAUACCAUACUAAUCACAUGGAAGCAAACACAUCUUCUGUACGAUAAAUGUUAUAUUGAAACGGCGUCUAGUUUAGAGCCAUACCCUCUCAUGUCCCUCUGUGUUCUGCCUGCAGCUUGGGGAUAAGAGGCUGGCUCAGAGUGCCCAGAUGUACCACUACCAACACCAGAAACAGCAGAUGCUCUGCCUGGAAAAGUGAGUAAUGCCCCCCAGACAUAUCUAUCUGUCUGCCCUCUGUCCCUGGCUGUCUAAAAAUGUUACUAGCUAUCCAUUUCUUGCUUCCCGAUUCUAAUUGGUGAGGUCCAAGGUCCAGUGUGUUUUAAGAGGAUUUGAGGGGAGGGGGGUAUGGAGGAAGUAAACUAUUAAUGUUUCCAGACACUUCCCUUUUCUCCUCCUCUUCCUUCCCAUCUCCUCCCCUGUCCUCCUGUCAGUCUGUGUUCUCCUGGGUGAAUGGUGGGUUGGGAUGUUAUGUGAUGUGGUUGGAUACCUCCAUGACUCAGGGUGGGUUGGGAUGUUAUGUGAUGUGGUUGGAUACCUCCAUGACUCAGGGUGGGUUGGGAUGUUAUGUGAUGUGGUUGGAUACCUCCAUGACUCAGGGUGGGUUGGGAUGUUAUGUGAUGUGGUUGGAUACCUCCAUGACUCAGGGUGGGUUGGGAUGUUAUGUGAUGAGGUUGGAUACGUCCAUGACCCAGGGUGGGUUGGGAUGUUAUGUGAUGAGGUUGGAUACCUCCAUGACUCAGGGUGGGUUGGGAUGUUAUGUGAUGUGGUUGGAUACCUCCAUGACUCAGGGUGGGUUGGGAUGUUAUGUGAUGUGGUUGGAUACCUCCAUGACUCAGGGUGGGUUGGGAUGUUAUGUGAUGUGGUUGGAUACCUCCAUGACUCAGGGUGGGUUGGGAUGUUAUGUGAUGUGGUUGGAUACCUCCAUGACUCAGGGUGGGUUGGGAUGUUAUGUGAUGUGGUUGGAUACCUCCAUGACUCAGGGUGGGUUGGGAUGUUAUGUGAUGUGGUUGGAUACCUCCAUGACUCAGGGUGGGUUGGGAUGUUAUGUGAUGUGGUUGGAUACCUCCAUGACUCAGGGUGGGUUGGGAUGUUAUGUGAUGUGGUUGGAUACCUCCAUGACUCAGGGUGGGUUGGGAUGUUAUGUGAUGUGGUUGGAUACCUCCAUGACUCAGGGUGGGUUGGGAUGUUAUGUGAUGUGGUUGGAUACCUCCAUGACUCAGGGUGGGUUGGGAUGUUAUGUGAUGUGGUUGGAUACCUCCAUGACUCAGGGUGGGUUGGGAUGUUAUGUGAUGAGGUUGGAUACCUCCAUGACCCAGGGUGGGUUGGGAUGUUAUGUGAUGUGGUUGGAUACCUCCAUGACUCAGGGUGGGUUGGGAUGUUAUGUGAUGUGGUUGGAUAACUCCAUGACUCAGGGUGGGUUGGGAUGUUAUGUGAUGUGGUUGGAUACCUCCAUGACUCAGGGUGGGUUGGGAUGUUAUGUGAUGUGGUUGGAUACCUCCAUGACUCAGGGUGGGUUGGGAUGUUAUGUGAUGUGGUUGGAUACCUCCAUGACUCAGGGUGGGUUGGGAUGUUAUGUGAUGUGGUUGGAUACCUCCAUGACUCAGGGUGGGUUGGGAUGUUAUGUGAUGUGGUUGGAUACCUCCAUGACUCAGGGUGGGUUGGGAUGUUAUGUGAUGUGGUUGGAUACCUCCAUGACUCAGGGUGGGUUGGGAUGUUAUGUGAUGUGGUUGGAUACCUCCAUGACUCAGGGUGGGUUGGGAUGUUAUGUGAUGUGGUUGGAUACCUCCAUGACUCAGGGUGGGUUGGGAUGUUAUGUGAUGUGGUUGGAUACCUCCAUGACUCAGGGUGGGUUGGGAUGUUAUGUGAUGUGGUUGGAUACCUCCAUGACUCAGGGUGGGUUGGGAUGUUAUGUGAUGUGGUUGGAUACCUCCAUGACUCAGGGUGGGUUGGGAUGUUAUGUGAUGUGGUUGGAUACCUCCAUGACUCAGGGUGGGUUGGGAUGUUAUGUGAUGUGGUUGGAUACCUCCAUGACUCAGGGUGGGUUGGGAUGUUAUGUGAUGUGGUUGGAUACCUCCAUGACUCAGGGUGGGUUGGGAUGUUAUGUGAUGUGGUUGGAUACCUCCAUGACUCAGGGUGGGUUGGGAUGUUAUGUGAUGUGGUUGGAUACCUCCAUGACUCAGGGUGGGUUGGGAUGUUAUGUGAUGUGGUUGGAUACCUCCAUGACUCAGGGUGGGUUGGGAUGUUAUGUGAUGUGGUUGGAUACCUCCAUGACUCAGGGUGGGUUGGGAUGUUAUGUGAUGUGGUUGGAUACCUCCAUGACUCAGGGUGGGUUGGGAUGUUAUGUGAUGAGGUUGGAUACCUCCAUGACCCAGGGUGGGUUGGGAUGUUAUGUGAUGUGGUUGGAUACCUCCAUGACUCAGGGUGGGUUGGGAUGUUAUGUGAUGAGGUUGGAUACCUCCAUGACUCAGGGUGGGUUGGGAUGUUAUGUGAUGUGGUUGGAUACCUCCAUGACUCAGUGUGGGUUGGGAUGUUAUGUGAUGUGGUUGGAUACCUCCAUGACUCAGGGUGGGUUGGGAUGUUAUGUGAUGUGGUUGGAUACCUCCAUGACUCAGGGUGGGUUGGGAUGUUAUGUGAUGUGGUUGGAUACCUCCAUGACUCAGGGUGGGUUGGGAUGUUAUGUGAUGUGGUUGGAUACCUCCAUGACUCAGGGUGGGUUGGGAUGUUAUGUGAUGUGGUUGGAUACCUCCAUGACUCAGGGUGGGUUGGGAUGUUAUGUGAUGAGGUUGGAUACCUCCAUGACUCAGGGUGGGUUGGGAUGUUAUGUGAUGUGGUUGGAUACCUCCAUGACUCAGGGUGGGUUGGGAUGUUAUGUGAUGUGGUUGGAUACCUCCAUGACUCAGGGUGGGUUGGGAUGUUAUGUGAUGAGGUUGGAUACCUCCAUGACUCAGGGUGGGUUGGGAUGUUAUGUGAUGUGGUUGGAUACCUCCAUGACUCUGUGUUUUUCCAUUUUCUCCAGACACAGGGAUGAACCCAAGGUGCCUGACUCCGGUGCCACGUCAGAUGAGGAGAAUGAGGAUGGUGAUUUCACGGUGUACGAGUGCCCUGGACUGGCCCCAGUAAGAGACAGACCUACCUGAUGCACAGACAUGCAGUACACUAGCAGACAUGGAGAGGCAGCGAUAGCUGAUAUCCAAGAUAUAUUUACCUCUUAGUUUGAAUACAUUUUAGUUAAAUACUGUACAUUUAUUUUACAUACAUGUGUAUUUCCAGUAGGCUACAGAUACACACGUUUUUGUUUCAGCUGUGUAAUAACUUUCUCUCUUUCUUUCGUUCUCCCUCUUUUUCUGUCUUUCAAUAUUUUCUCUCUUUCUUUCUGUCUCUUUUGCUCUCUCUAGACGGGAGAGAUGGAGGUGAAGAAUCCUUUGUUUGAUGACUCCACCCUUUACCUUCAGAGGAGCCACAAGUAA